AUGCUACUCGACUUAUUUUCUCCGUGGGGUGCCUUUGGCACACUCCUUGCUCUUAUUUCUGCCGCUCAUGUUUACAGUCUCUGUGUUAUCCGGCUCCAGAAGCGAAGUCUUCCUGGUCCAUUUGGACUCCCCCUUCUGGGAAAUCUUCUACAGCUCUUUCCUCAUCGCAAGCACAUGCUGUUGUAUCUCUCUACUCUGGAGGAACGAUAUGGUCCUCUUUUCGCCUUCAAUAUGCCUGGCUACGGAAGAACCAUCGUCAUUAACCGUCCUGAAUGGCUUGAGCACAUGAGAAAAAAUGAAGGGACAACGUAUGGGAAGGGCGAUUUCAUACUCUCUAUUUUCCAAGAGUUUCCCGGAGGCGACAGCGCGUUUGGAUCUGAGGGUGCGAAGUGGCGCUUCAGUCGCAAGGUUAUGAAGCCGAUCUUUGUGGCUGCGACAUUUGAUCGUGAUGUUUCAUAUUGCAUGAACGAGGUUACUCUAACUGCGAGAGAAGCUCUAGAGAAUGCUGCAAAAGAAGGACUUAUCAUCAAUUUCAAUGAUUUCUGCGGACGUCUGUCCUUGGAAGUCUUCUGUAAAAUGGCCCUGGAUUAUGACAUGAGACUUUUGACCGCAGACGCUUCUACCCUCAUGGAGCAGCACCCAUUGAUGAAGUCCCUCUCUAUUCUCAGCGAGGCAACAUCUGGACGUCUCUUCAAUCCGUGGUGGCGAUUUAUCGAGAAGUUCGACGGUGUUAGCAGCCAAUUUACGUCUGCUCGUGCGGAAUUCUUCAAUGUUAUCGAGGAAGUAGUGCAGCAGCGUAAGAGUGCUGGAAAGGACCUGAAAGAGAACCAUGACUUCCUGUCUGCUUUGUUACGCAACGGACAAGUUCAAGAUCCAGCCCUCCUUCGCGAUACUCUUGUGACAUUGUUAUUUGCGGCCAAAGACAAUACACAGAAUUCGCUGGCAUGGUCCCUGUAUGAGCUCUCACGUUCUCCUGUCUGGUUGAAGAAGCUACGCCAAGAGGCCCUCUCUAAUGGUGCCCCCACACAGGGUGUGCAGUAUAGCAACUUAGAGAGCUACCCUAUCCACCUUGCUGUCUUCUAUGAAACUCUGCGUCUGUGGCCAGGCGUCCCUAAGAACUCAAGGGUCGCACUGAAGGAUGACAUGCUCCCGGCAAUUCCGGAGGAAGGGUAUGGCCCCGUCCGCGUCUCGCGAGGCGAAUAUUUGCUGUGGUCCGACUACUCGAUGAUGCGGAGCGAACAUGUCUGGGGCCCUGACGCGAGAGAGUUCAACCCAGCACGACACCUCGAUGCGGAUGGACUGUUUGUGAAACCGCCGCACCCCAAAUUCCACUCAUUUGGCUCGGGUCCGCGGCUGUGCCCUGGUGCACAACUCGCCGCGUACGAGUUCGUCGCGUUCUGGUGCAGUGUCCUGCUGUGGUUCGACCUCGUACCCGUUGACGACAUGACGCGACUCCCGGCUGACGCGCUUACGGUGACGAUGCGCGACCCGCUGAUGGUGAAGGUUGUGAUGCGCAGCCCGAGUACGGUGCCCGACCACUGA